UUCCCUCCCAAGCUCCGACCAUCUUUGAUUCUCAAAAAUAAAUAAAUAAAGGUUCCAACCAUUUUUACCCUUUACCAUCUCUCCGCAAGCAACAACCCAAAUCCCCAUUCCCCCGUUCAUUUCCAAAACACACACCAAAAAAAACACCGUUUAUAACAUAAUAAAGGCGUCGAAACACAAAAAACCGUUUCAAACCCAAAUUCGAUGGCAUCCGGGUCGGGCUCGGGUUCUCUGAUGUGGUUCCGGAAGGGCCUGAGGAUACACGACAACCCGGCGCUCGAGCGCGCCGCCCAGUCCACCAAAUUCCUGUACCCUGUAUUCAUAAUCGACCCGCAUUACAUGGAGCCAGAUCCCAACGCGUUCUCUCCCGGGUCGACACGGGCUGGGCUGAACCGGAUCCGGUUCCUGCUCCAGAGCCUUGCGGAUCUUGACUUGAAUCUCAGGAAGCUCGGGUCCAGGUUGUUGGUGUUGAAGGGAGAGCCCAGCCAGGUUCUCUUUCGUUGCCUCAAGGAGUGGGAUGUCAAGAAGCUUUGCUUUGAAUAUGACACAGAGCCAUACUAUCAAGCUUUAGAUAUUAAAGUUAAGGACCAUGCAUCUAUUGCUGGAAUUGAGGUUUUCUCUCCUGUGAGUCAUACACUCUUCAAUCCCGCUGAUAUUAUACAAAAGAACGGGGGAAGGCCACCUUUGAGCUAUCAAUCAUUUGUGAAGCUUGCUGGGCAACCCUCAUGGGCGUCAUCCCCGCUUUCAGUCACAAUUUCUUCACUUCCUCCUGUUGGGGAUGUUGGAGGAUGUGAGAUUUCAGAAGUUCCUACAAUCAAAGAACUUGGCUAUGGAGACAUUGAACAGGACGAGUUUUCUCCUUUCAGAGGUGGUGAAUCUGAAGCCUUGAAGAGGUUGAAAGAAUCAAUUGACAACAAGGAGUGGGUGGCGGCCUUCGAGAAGCCUAAGGGUGACCCGUCUGCUUUUUUGAAACCAGCAACAACUACUCUAUCACCUUACCUGAAAUUUGGAUGUCUCUCUUCCAGGUACUUCUACCAAUGUCUUCAAGAUGUAUAUAGGAAUGUUAAAAGACAUACAUCACCUCCGGUUUCUCUUGUCGGACAGUUGUUAUGGCGAGACUUUUUCUACACUGUAGCUUUUGGCACUCCCAAUUUUGAUCAGAUGACGGGUAACAGAAUAUGUAAGCAGAUACCUUGGAAUGACAAUAAUGAAUUGCUGGUGGCUUGGAGAGACGCUAAGACAGGGUACCCUUGGAUUGAUGCUGUCAUGACUCAGCUCCACAAGUGGGGUUGGAUGCAUCAUCUAGCACGACAUUCCGUUGCAUGUUUUUUGACUCGUGGUGAUCUGUUUGUCCAUUGGGAAAAAGGACGUGAUGUUUUUGAAAGGCUUCUAAUUGAUUCAGAUUGGGCAAUCAACAAUGGGAACUGGCUAUGGCUUUCUUGUUCAUCAUUUUUUUACCAGUACAAUCGUAUCUACUCCCCGAUCUCAUUUGGGAAGAAGUAUGACCCCAAUGGUGACUAUAUCAAGCAUUUUCUGCCCAUACUGAAAGAUAUGCCAAAGGAGUACAUUUAUGAGCCAUGGACAGCUCCUCUAAGUGUUCAGACGAAAGCAAAGUGCAUAAUUGGAAAAGAUUAUCCAAAGCCAGGUCAGUUCUGUUACUGUGAUUGUUUUAGUUGGUUUCUCUUGUUGGUUCCUCAUGAUUCUGCAAGCAAAGAAUGCAGAAGGAAGAUGGCCGAAGCAUAUUCAUUGAACCAAAAAUUGAAUGGUAAAGUGAGUGAAGAAGAUCUGAAAAAAUUAAGGAGAAAAUUGGAGGAAGAUUCAGAAGAUACAAAACAGGAAGUUAAAACUAAAAGGAUGAGACAAAAAUUGAUUUGCUAAGUGCAAAAUUUCUUCUGAUUUUGUUGUCUAGUGCCUAUGUUGUAUUUUAACAAUCAAAGGGAUGGGAUGGCUGACAACCAUCUAUUUCUUAACUUAAACAAGGGACAUACUAAUUUAGGCAUGAUUGUUCUGUUGAUAAAAUGGUAGAGCUUGUUCUCACUCGUUUUUUAUUUUAGAUGUUCUUCAUAAGAACUGGCUUUGUAAAUAUUUAUUGACUGCCUUCCUCUAUUACUUUUUUU